AUGAAUGUAACAUCUGCUUUUCUAUUAGAAUUUGAUUCUGUCUAUGGACCAAAAGUCAUUGGCUCCGUAGGGAAGAACAAGUUUUCCGAAAAUGAGAUGAUUUCUCUUCAAUGUUGUUCAUUUCCAGACACAGUUAUUCAAUCAGACCAAGAAUCGACAUUAUUCAUAUUCAAGAUAUCAAAAUCAUUUUGUUAUGCGAUGUACGUAAGCCGGCCAGAUUCUACGGCUCCCCGCGGUCACAAACAAAAUACUCUUGUUAUUGCAUCAGAGUUACCAUAUAUUUAUCCUUUUACAAGACUUUUACAAUCAUCAUUAGUACUAGGUUCAAUUACCACAGAUAUUUUAACUUUUAUUGAAGAUUUUUUGACAAAAUGGUUUGGAAAUUUUCCAUUGAAGCCAGAUGAAGUUAUAGAAUUACCGAUGUUCGACGGCUCUAUGCCAAUAUCAUACACUCAUAACCAGCAACAGCUCAUAUCUUUUUACGGAGGAGUUGGAUGGACUCCAUUAUCAAAAAUAUACUACUUAAAUGAUAACUUUCUAGGAUUUGACCUUACAACGGCCUUCUCAUUACAAUCGUUACUCGUACAUGGCCGAAGUAUUGAUAUUUUAAAAUUAUGGGAAGUGGCCAUUUUAAAUGAAUCACUUUUAGUGUAUGGAUCCACACCUACGAUUGCUUCUUCGUGCGUUUUAGCUUUAGAAUCGUUAAUUUUCCCAGAAUUACCAUCAGAUUCAAUUUUACCUUUCAUAUCUGUAUCCGAUACUCGAUUUCAGAACAUUAAAUCGAAAGAAAAUACGAAAAACCUCAUAAUAGGUGUAUCCAAUCCAAUAGCAAUGACGAAAUCCCACUUUUUUGACCAUAUUUUUUCUGUUGGCUUUCAUGAUGAAUCGAACGGCUUUGGUGAUCAAAAGCAACAAUGGAACUUUAUCAAGGAAUGCAAAAGAAACAUCCAAGAAGAGCUUCGCCAGUUUUUCUACUUUAAUACCUUAAAAUUAACAGAUGCGAUUACACAAGCAUUGGAUUCGAUCAGAAGUUUCGAUCCUUAUGCAGAGUUCCUUGGCCAAAUCGAUGAUUCCAUCUUAGAAAGUCAAAUUAAAUUGAAAACCGUCCAAAUUUCAUUCAAAUCCUCGACUUUUGCGAAAAAGUUACUUAGAUCAUCGUUCUUGAGUAGGAUAUGGAAGAGAUACUGUACAAUAGAGAACCUAAUUUCGACAUUAGAAAAAUAUGAUAUUUCUAAAUUAUGCAACAAGAAAUCUGAGCAUGAACUUGUUGAUAUAUUGAGCAAUGUCAUGGAAGUCAAGCAGAGAUGCGAGUCUAACUCAAGUAUUUUGAAAUUUAUCAACAGAGAUUACGAAAUUAUUAAAACAUACUUGGCUUCUGACUUAAUAUUAGCGCCUGUAUAA